ACUGUUUCUGUAUUUUAAUAGGUGAUAUACAAAAGCAGAUAAUGUCCUGGUCUGAGGAACAGAAUGGAGAUAUCAAAACACGGUCACUUCAUAAGUCAGCUUCAGUGCCAAAUGCAGCUGCUAUCCUAAGAGAAGAUAAAAUUCUCAUCAAUUGCCUCUCCAAUAAACUCUCUUCUGAUUCUCUGGAGAGAAAACCAAGUUUCAGUCAGAUUCGAGGAGUGCCUGAUGGCUGUAAUCCUGACUCUGUACCAUCCCACUGUACAUCCUCUGUUGAGUUUAAUGGAGAUCAGAGCAAUGAGAAUACUUUUCUUAAGAAAGGCUGGCUUGUGAAGCAAGAUGAAUGCAAAUGGAAUAAAUACUGGUUUGUCCUUCGAAAUUCCGCCCUCACUUAUUUCAGCGACCCUAUUGCUGAAGAUGCUGGGAUCUUAGAUGGAUUCAUAGAUCUACGAAAAGCAAAAAGUGUUGUUGAAGCUGAAAGUAGCAGUGGUUAUACAUUCUGCAUAAUUAUGAAAGACUUUUCUAAUUUGUAUUUAUCUGCUGUCACUGCUAAAAUUCGCAAUAACUGGAUUCAGGCUAUAUUUCAAGCUGCAAAUUUAAAAUUGCACUCUGAAGAAAAAUUCACCAAGCAUAAUGAUGAUUUAAAAACUGUCUCAAAUAGAUCUAAAUCAUCUACCCCUUGCCCCGACAUCUGUUCAUCGAGCAUCGAAUCAGAGAAAGGCUCCCCAACGUCCGCCUCAAAAUUAGUUGUGGAGGAAGAAGACCCAGAGAAACAUCAGUCGCUACCACUACCUCCCUCACCUCCGCUGGCUCGAACUGUCAUAUCUAGGGUCAAGGAGAAAGCGAGAACCCGCUCUAAUUCGAGGACGAGGUGCUCCAAAAUACGUUCGGAUGUUCAUGAAUCGGAUCCACAUUAUUUGGGAGACAGUGAUGAUGGUACAACUGAUCAUUCGAGUUCUAGUUUGCCGCCAACAUCUACACGGGUGUCACAUAAAGAGAAGAAGCAAUCAAAGGUGGAAAGUUCCAUAAAAUCGCCCGAAGAGAAAACGAAUCGACCAGAGAGGCGGAGAAGCUUCAAAUUGUCCAGUUUAGACUCUCUCACUUUCCCAGAAGGCAGGAAGAAAGUAACUGACAUCAAAGAUAAGUUAGAAGAUUCAUCUUGGACUAUUUGGUUAGACAUAUCCAAAUUCUGCAAGGAAGUCGAAUCCAAGCUUGACGACAUCGAGGUGAAGACUCCAAAGAAUGGACCACACUUAUCUGGUGACCAAAAGAAGGAAAUCGGUGUUCUCGUAUCUAGUCUCGGCCGGGUCGAAGACCGAUUGCAUAGAGUGCAGUCGGAAUUGGAAAAAGCUAAAGUGAAUCUUCUUUUGAACACUAAGGACGGUGACAUUAGUCUGAGCUCGAGCAAAGGCUUUGGCUGCCAUUCCUUAAAACAGGAAGUUACUAGGUUGAGUGGGAUAUCGUCGCAAAAUGUUUUGCUAGCUCAACAGCUCAAUAAAGUGAGGGAGGAAAAUCGGAGAUUGAAAUCUGAAGUCAAGAUCGCGCAAACAUCUUCCGAUGACUUUGAGCUUAGGUGUAUAUCUCUAAAGCAAGCGUGUGAGCAAGCUGAGAAAUUGCACAAAGCUCAUAUGGAACUCAUGAUAGCUAGAGUAGAUGAUUUGACGGACAAAUUGCUGAAUUCAGAGAAGAACGUGCGACAGCUCAGGCAACGCGUCAUGAAACUGGAACAGAGGCAGGAAAGGAGGAGGAGUUCCUUGAAAGGUAAGGAGGGCCUUAGUUUGUCCAAGGAGUACGAGGCUAAGCUGACUGAACUUGAACAAAAAAUCGGAGCUGUUGAAGGUGUACUUAAAACUUCCAACGGUGAGAACGGCAAGGAGGAAUCUAGUAAGGACACCCAAAGCUUGCUCAUGCGACUGCACAAUCUCGAUAAGAAAGUGAAGGACGUCACGGAAACCGUUUCCACCGCCGAAGAGGUGAAGCAAGAAGAUAUGCCCAAGCCUAAGAUUUGCCUGCAGGUGAAUAUGAAUGAGAAUACACCUUGCCCGGAUAUGAACGAAAAUUGGAAUUCCCUGUCCUUGUCGGCAAGCAUGACGGAUUUGACCAGUGCCGAGAGUGCUGCCGACGAAGAGUUGUCGUUAUCGUUCGCCGGAUGUUUGGAAAGUUUGGGUCAUAAAGUGUCGUCACUCGUUUUAUGGCUGAAGACCUCGUUGCAGUUGCUCUAUGCUCAAGGACACAUAAAUCCGUUUCAACCUUCGAAAGUAAAUUUCAUCAGCAGCGAGGAGAGUGAAGAGUUGAGUAAGUUGGUGAGAACUUUGGAUCAUGUGACCAACAAACUCGACGAGCCUCCACCGCAGGACGUGAAUCUGGUCGUCAAAAAACUACUGUACAAUAUAAUUUUGCUUCAAGAAGUAACGAACGUUGUAUUUAAAAUGAGUGACUUUGAAAAAUACAAGACCUCCAUACUAGUUCAGCAUUUAAUUAGAGUGAAACAAGCUAUUAUAGGUAUUGAAACAUACAUUCACCAAAAAUCCAGUUUGAUUCAACCUAGUUUACAGAAGGUAAGCCUAUGCAAUAUUGUGGCUUGCCUGUUGUUUUAUCAAAGUAAUUCAGAGGAAAUCGACGCGGUGACUGACGUGAGAGACUUUUUCGACGACGUAGAUCAGCAGCGUAGGAAAGUGUGCGGUAUUUUAGCGGAAUUCAAAGAGAAGUUCAUAGAGCGGUUUUGCACUACAGUUCUUGAGUUGUCGGAGGAUUCCGUCUGCGACAAGGCUAGCAAUCAAAAAUCCCCCGACCAAAAGCCCCUGGGACAAAAGCAAUUUCUCUCCCACAUUAGUCAUAUUAUUUCCCAAGUGUCUCAUUCUUUUAUCGCUCACAUAUCAAAAUCAUUAAAUGAAGUUUACUUCCUGUGUUCUAGUAUUCAAAACUGUGAAAGGUGGACGGACUAUAUUUGUAAACUACUGCAACAGGAGUUGAGUCUCUUAUCGUCCGAAAUAAAAAGCAUAUGUGUGAAACACUUAGAAAACAAUUUUUUCAGCAGCAGCAAAUGUGGCGUCCUCGUAGAGUAUAUGCAUUGCUCGAUCUCCGAACUCGCUCAGAUCGUGUCUAUAAUAACCGUCGUAGAUGGUACUGUCAUAUUGAUUAAAGAUGCAAUAUACAGUGACUGUGAUAGGUCAAAACAAUCUACCCAAAACAAUGCGCUCAGCAGUGCGGACAAGCAAGCGCUGACAACAUUCCACGAAAACCUACAAGUUAGGGCGAUGAAUACGAUGUCUAAUCUACCCCUGUACAGGUUCCCGAACUCGUUUUUCAAUCUUUGUAAUCCAAACGAACUCAACGUCGCUCAUCGUAGUGUAUCUAGUCUCUUAUGUUUCAAAAGGAAAUGGAAAGCGAGUGUUGAUGCCGACAGACAGGAAUAUCGUUCUCAGCUGGAUUUACUGACGGCAAAGUUGGCCGCUCUGCAGGAGGAGCAGAAAAAGCGUCUGGAGGAAGGGUGUAAAUCGUGUAUAGAGCUGCGACAGGAAGUGAGCUAUUUGCAGGCGGAGUUGGACGAGAGUCGUGUUUUGGCUCGGACGGGUAGCCUGUGCGAAAAGUGUAGAAAUCUAAGGGUUGAAAUUCAACAUCUGAUGGAGCAGCAUGAAAAAGACCUUACUGCUUUAGAGAAACUGGAAGAAAAUGAAAUGGUUUGGAAAACCCAUUUGGAAGAAAUAUUGCGAGAAAAGGAAAAGCAAUACAGUGAAGAAAAACAAAAAUUAGAAGCAGACUUGCAAAUUGUUCAACAAAAUCUGAAGAAAAUGGAGAAUCAUUAUAGUGGGGAAAUUCACAAUCUUCAUAACAUGUAUGAGCAGCAGAAGAAUGAAAUAGUAAGAGAUGAAACAAUACGUCUUAGAUAUAGUGAAGAAAUAGAACAACUAAAGAUGCUGUGUGAGAAAGGUCUUAGUGCGAUGGAUGUCUCUCAUAAGAAAAUAAUUGCUGAACUGGAAGAAAGGCAUGAGAGGGAAUUGGAUGAAUUGAUGGCUGACAGAGAGAAAGCUUUAGCCCAAGAAGCACAAGCUACGGCAGUCGCUUUGGAAGCUGUUAGAAAAGCUCAUUCAGAUGAAUUACAAUCCUUCAAAGAAGAAUUUGUGAUAAAAAUGAACAAAAGGUUUGAAACAGAAGCUGUCAAAAAAUGCUAUGAGUCUGACCUGUCGAGUGUUAAGCAUGAAAUUCUGUCAAUGACUGAGAAAUACUCUGUGAAGUGUCUGGAAAAUGCAACAUUGCACGAAAAACUUGAAAUAAUGAAUCACCAUUUAAAAUCUACGACAACUCAAGUUGUUGAAUUAUUAGCUAAAAAUCAAGAAUUACAAGCUCGCUUGACUUCUGUUGGUUAUCAGAAACAAGAGGAGGCUAUAUUAUAAUUAAAUUGCCCAUCUUAUAAAUUAAGGACCUACAAUGCCAAGAUUUUUGCAGAUAGUCCACCAAGUGCCUGGCUUGGUGUGUUAUAUCUCUAAAAACAAAAAAUUGUCACAACAAAUUUUAUCUCAUUGUACUUUAUUCAUUUUCCCUAGUGACUUAAUUUCUCACUUAUUUUUAAUUUAGAAUUUUAAGAUUGUUUGUGAUUAAUUAGGAUAAUUACUACAGUGUUGAAUGAUUUUGAUAAAAGACAGAGGAUUUGUCAGCUUUUAAGCUUGUUUAUCUCAGGGUUUUCCAUAAUUUUCACUUCUUCUGUCUAUGAAAAAAGAAAAAAAAUUCUCAUUUUUUAUCAAGCUAUUAACAUUUUUCUCUCUCUCUAAAAUGCUACUUAUUUGUUUUCAUUAUUUUUAUCAUUUGUUUUAAUGAAAUGCAAGUUUAAGUUUCCAAAUAUUUAAAGUAUAAGAAAAUAUGUAUUAUCUUUUAUUUUUCACAGCUUGCAUACUAUUGUAAAAUAUCUCUGUAGUUCAUAUCUCUCAUUGAUGUCUUAUUUUAUUAAAACAUUUUAAGAAGAAAUAAAACAGAUGCAAUUUUCAAAAAAAUUAGAGUAUACAUUUUGCUAUUUGCUUAAAUAAAAUAUUCUUUAGCAAUAAUUUGCAAGUUGUGUAAAAAUUUAAAAACAUGAAUGCAAUUAUUUUAUGUUCUCAAUAUUUAUAUGAAUUUUCCUACAAUGUAUUUGGUUAAGGCUUUCAUGCAAUCAGUACAUAACGUUUUAAAAUUUUUACUAUUACCCUAGUCUUCCAUGCAACAUCAAAAUUCUAUUUCUUAAUAAACAUUAAAAUGUUUUUUUCUCUCCCUUAUAAAUUUGAAGAAAACUCUAAAUUUUUUUUAAAUAUUUUCAAAUGACUGAAGGGAAAUAAUACAAUUAGGCAUAAUCAUUAUACUUCUCCUUUUACCAGCACUACAGCCAGUUGCUGGUUUUAAACUUUCCAUCUAUUUACCUCAACCUUUUUUUUGUCUGCCUCUCCCCUUAGACCUAUAGAAACUAAAUUUUUAUACUAAGACUAUAUAAAUAUAUGCAUGCCUUGCUU